AUGUCCGAUCCCGCCAUCGCCACUUUUGACCUGGAUCUCUGUCCCAGCCUGCUGGCCGCCUCGCAGCGGCUUCAAGGCGGUGCCGGGCUCGUCACUGCUGCCUGCGAGCCUGCAUGCGCCGAGACCAUUUACGCCUGUCGGUCCGAGCUGACCGCCGCCUUCAAUGCCGACAGCGGCCGCGAGGGCUUCAUGCUGUCCAAUUUCCUGGCCUCAUGCGCGGUGGUUCAUGCGAACAAGGGCAAGACCUGCAAGCAGCUGGACGUCAACUGCGGGAGCUGCCAGCCUGCGCCCAAUCGCCACGUGUGCAAAGCCUGCAGGGGCAACACAUGGAAGCUGUCUGCUGGCAAGACCUGUGUGCGGAAGCGGUGCACGGAGCUGGAUCCCAAGUGCUCCACCUGCCAGCCAGGCGCCCGCUGGAAGUGCCAGGCCUGCAAGCAGGUGCACCGGCUGGUGAACGGCAAGUGCAGGAAGGCGGCGUGA